AUGGUAAAUUACGGAGGAGACGAAGUAUCCGCUCUUGUGGUGGAUAUUGGCUCGUCAUCAGUCCGUGCUGGGUACGCAGGAGAUGAUACCCCCAAAGCAGUCGUGUCGUCGUAUUAUGGCUACAAAACUACGGCCGGUGACUCAGACGCGAAGCUCUAUCUAGGACAACAUGGCCCUUCUAUCUGGAGGCCGGGCAUGGAAAUAGGGAACCCCUGGCGAGACGGUCUCAGUCAGCAUUUCCUGGCUCAUGAACCCAUGUCUGUUUCGCUCAACGCCUCUUCAGUAUUUGACUUCAACCCAAUCCCUCCCUUAAUAUCCCACGCCCUGUCGGAUAUCAUGCACGCCAACCCGUCUGAACAUCCUGUCCUCGUGACCGAGCCGGCCUGGAAUACUGCAGCCAAUCGAGAGCGAAUGGCCGAGAUCAUGUUCGAGGAGUUCCAGGUUCCCGCUUUCUACAUCGCCAACACGGGUGUCUUGAACGCUUUUGCUUCAGGGAAAGGCUCGGCAUUGGUGAUAGAUGUUGGGCACUCCAUGGCGAGCAUAACUCCCGUCGUCGAUGGUUUCGUCCUAAGGAAAGGUCUCGUUUAUUCUGCCCUCCCAAAGUUGGUGCACGCACACGCAAAGCACAUCCUCACAAACCCAACUCCCACACGCCCAAGCAUAGACCUGUAUCCACACCAACUCAUUGCCUCUAAAAUUCCCGUCGAACCGUCCGCGCCACCCCGCUUCACGUUGCGCGAAGACCGAUCAGCCGGGACGACAGAAAGCUGGACAACAUGGUAUGAAACUCGGGAGGUGGACGAAUGGAUCCAUACCGUGGCGGGCGUUCUCGAUCAAGGGUGGAAUGAACAGGCUGCUGCUGCACGGCCGCCUCGCCAGUACGAAUUUCCGACAGGAUUUAAUACUUACUUUGGCCCUGAGCGCUUCCAAGUCGGCGAGGAGUUCUUCUACCAUUCACCACAACUUGUCGCUCAAAAUCCUAACUUGCCCAAAAAUAUCCCGACGUUGCUAUCAGAGUCUCUCCGUGCCUGUGAUCCGGAUUUGCGCCAAGUGUUGAUGGGCAACGUCGUUCUGACAGGUGGAGGGAGUCUCUUCACUGGUUUCGCUGACAGACUGGAGAACGAGUUGUCUCGGAAUUUUGCACACGUCAAAAUUCAUGCACCAGGGAACCCAAUCGAGCGGAAGUAUGGUGCGUGGCUCGGAGGUAGCAUUCUUGCAAGCCUGGGUACUUUCCAUCAACUGUGGAUCAGCCGUGAAGAGUGGCAGGAGCAUGGAAAAGCUAUUGUUGGCCAACGAUGUAAAUAA